AUGGACCGCAGCCACCACGAUUACAGUAGUAUGUACGACCCUCACGAUCCGCCGCCCUCACUACCUCCGCGCCCACACGACACGCCCCGGAGACGCUCCAGGGAGGGAGUGAAGACGACGACCAGUGCGGGGUACGCGCGUCCCCAACGACCACCCCCGCAUCGACACUACGACCGCCUUCACGACUCGCGGCACCACUAUCAACCCCUCUACUCAUCAACACGCCCAGUCCGCAAGCGCCGCUCAUGGCCGCCGCAACCCUUCGCCGAGGACGAGGUCGCUUCGUUGCGCAGGGAGUCGAAUGCGAGCAAGUUGUUGCACGAAGCAGGCAGAGAUGAAGCGCCGUCGCGGGGUUCACUCGACCAGGAACCCGUUAUCAUUGACCUACCGGAGUUGAUGCAGCAGAAUAAUGAGCCGCAAGCAUCGGACAGUUCUGGCCUGCCCACGCCGCCGACCAGCGAAGACGAGAGGGCCCGCAAGGCGAGGAGGAAACCUUCGAAGCUCAACAUCCAUCUACCCAAAGAUGAUGCCGUGCCGGAUACGUCGAGGCGGACAGCAUCUCCCUAUGCAUACACGAGGCCCACCGACCUCUCCUCAACUGAUCGGUACACUUCGCACGACACUCUGACGCCGCCUUCUUCCGGCGUGGCUGGCCCCAAGACCGCCCGCUUUGCUUCCAAAUCGAAGCCAUCCUCGCCCCUCGAGUCAGCGCGACCAAGCCCGGGAUUACGAAAAGGCAGUGGCUACUUUCACGCUGGCCACGCUCGAAACGACAAUGCAAUCGAAGAUUCAGAGUAUUCCAGCAAUCCCGCUGUAGCCAGGGGAAACAAGUCGAUCAACGAUUCGAAACCCUCCGUCGUCGACUUCGCACCUUCCGUGAGCGCGCAGCCGAUCAGGAAGUUGAAUCUCGAUGCGAGGCGAAAUACUGACACCCACGAGACCUUGCCAACCAUUGGAAGAUUUAGUACUGACAAGUCGCGACGGACCACUCCUUUGGUGGUUUCUACUUCACUGAGCGAGGCUCGCGAUGCCAAUCCCGUCACUUCCUCGUCGCUGAAUCCGCAGUCGGCUGAUCCGGCUUCUCGCUCGAGAGAGCCGAGCUAUUCUUCGUCGCGCGCAGUUUCUCCAGCUGCUUCAGCAGCAGGGCAGAGUCCGGCAUCUCGCUCUCCGAGAUGGAGCUCGGAAUUCUCUCAAGACGGCAACGUGCUCGGCUCGAGGCCGCCUUCGGCAUCUUCCUCUCGCCCAACUUCACCAUCACCGCGGACUCCGCAAGAGUCUCCUCGGCUGGCGAGGACCGAGCUCGACUGGGCAUCGUUGAUAGCGGCCAAUGCUGCUGCACCGAGAUCCAAGCGGCCUUCACGCCUGGCAUCGACCGUUCCGCAGGACCCUUCACCGGAUCGUCGAAGAAGAGAGUCACCAUGGGAGGCAUCGUCCGCAUCCAGUAGCCUACCAUACCCGGAAGAUAGCACUCUGAUGGGAUCCGCAAUCUUCAUGCCCGAGGAACAGGAUCACGCGUACCAGCCAUCCAGGAGGCCAAUCAUAACGUCUUAUCAGUACGAUCAAAAGAGCGCCUACCCUUCACCAGUGCUAAGCAGAGAGCCCAACAUGCCAUCACCGGAUCCCUCGCGUCCAAGUCUCACCACCAGAGGCUAUUCCGCAAACAACGCAUCGCCUUCUGAGCUUCGCUCUGUCGAUUCAAGACCUCGUCUCGCAGAGCUGAAGCGAACCGAAUCAUAUGCCACGACAUCGGAGGCCAGAAAAGAACUGGCUAUGCUCAUGAAAAAGGGGUUGCCUCCCUGCUCACGACCAGAUCCGGUGGUUGGUCACGAUGAUUGGUAUACUAUCAUCGGCGCGACCAAUAUCGAUUUCUGUCCGGAAUGUAUCGAUACAUUAUUCCAGCGAACAGUAUUCCGACCUCAUUUUAGGCGUUCGUUGCCCCGUAGCCUGAACACCAGGGUUCGCUGCGCAUUUGGCUCUCCCUGGAUACGACUCGCUUGGCUCUUGACGCUCCAGCAGCAGCGCACAGACCUGAGCCUCUUGAAGGACCUCGCAGAGAUCGAAGACACCACCGAGCCUUGUCCUGGGAGCGUCGAAACGGUGCAGUCAUGGUACGGCCUGCGCGACCCGGAUGGGCGGUUUGUGCGAGAUUUCCACGUCUGUUUUGGUGACGUCCGCAAGAUUGAAAGGCUACUCCCGACACUUUCUGGCACUUUUGUCAAAUUGCCUCACCGAGCUUCAAGUGAGAAGCGCAUCUGCGCCAUCCGCACGGAGAGUAAUCGUUUCUCUGCUUACCUCGACGCCCUCGUCGCGACUCAUGAGCAGGCCGUCGCGAAUCGCAAAGGGGCGGAUCCGAUGCCUCUCAUUGAUCUCGUCGAACGCAAAACCCGUCUGCGCGAAUGCACGAGGGACAACAUGCUGAUCGGCGGGUUGUGGCACUUUAUUCCAGACCUGCAGUCUCUCACGGUCUGCGAGGAUUGCUUCGAGUCUGUCGUCGAGCCGGAAAUCAAAAAGGGAUCCUCCGUGGCCAAGCGGUUCAACCGGACCUUGCAACCGGUCUACGGCGAAAGGGUCGGCAGUAGUUGUCAGCUGUAUUCACGACGGAUGAGAGCAGUCUUCCGCCGCGCGGUAGAGGAAGCCGAUUUCAAGUAUCUCGUGAGGAAGUCAAGGGAGAGAAGAGAGGCGGAAGUGUGGUUGCAAGACAAGUACAGGGAGGUGAUGAGAAGGGCAAAGAGAUUGUCGCUGGAGGGAGAGAUUGGCGAAGAUGAUGAGAGGAGACUAAACCGGGAGUUGGAGAAGAUCUCGAGCGAAUGGAAGUCAAAGUGGGAGUGA